UGCAUUCCAUCGAUCACAUUCCGCGCGUUUAUCAUUUCAAUCGUGCCCAAAAUGGGAACGAACGAAAGUAGAAAUUUGAAAGUGAAAACGAGCUCGUGAUAUAUUUCGUCGACUGUGGCGAUACGUAUAGUUCUGGCGCCUCGUGGUUUUACGAAAACGUGUCCGGACUUUCCGUGUACCGGAAAUACGUCGAAAUCGUUCUGAAUUUAUGCGAUUUAUUUUCGUGCCGCAGCUUAAACACUGAGUUUAGACAGUAUUCUGCCAGUUCUGUUCAUCACUUAUGUAAAUAUGCCCACUAAUUAACUUGAAUAUCUGCAUAUCAAAAAGUAAAAAAAAGAUUUCGCACUUAUUUGUCUCCUGGUCAGCAGCUUUCUCGCGUUGAAAGUAAAAGUUUUUCGCUUUUCUGCUCGAAGACGCCGAUAAAUUACAGUUUAUGCGAAAAACGCCAUCCGUCGAUGCUUAUAAGCGGACUUUCCAUCAGUCGCCAAUUUAAGAAUUAUAAUAAUCUAAUAUAAUAUUAUCAUUCUAUCUCCGGAUUGAUUACAAUCAUCGGUUGACUUUUCGAGCAAGACGUGUAGAGGUGUACUUUCUUUCUUCCGUACGUCUUGCGGUGGAAAGCAACAGUCCUCCGUUGACGGUGAAAGCUGGUCCUCAUCUUGGCGGGUUAUCUCUUGCCCGAAUAUGGCGGUAACCAACCGUUGACGCAGAAAAAAAAAUUGCGGGUGAUGUGAUAUUAUGUCAAAGGGCUUCACGUGAAAAAUGGUGGUGGAUAAGGCUUUUAGUGCGAUUUUUUUGUGUACGUUUUUCGUGACAUGCGGCUGUUUUCCAGACUUAGAUGCGACUCACACAUCUCUAAUUCGAAAUGAUACAUCCACAAGUACAAGACACGGAAAACUACUAUUCAACCAAUUAGCCAGCAUUUUCAAUGUUUUCGGUGGUAUUCCAUCAAUUACAGACGAUGACGACAGUGACGACGACGAUGAUGGAGCUAGAGAAAAAAAUUGCACGUGCGAAUGUGGCAUAUCGAACCAAGAAGACAGAAUUGUUGGUGGUCGUCCAACAAGUCCAAAUAGAUAUCCAUGGAUAGCAAGAAUUGUGUAUGACGGCCAUUUUCACUGCGGUGGUUCAGUAAUCUCCAAAGAUUAUGUUUUGACUGCUGCUCAUUGUGUUAGAAAGUUGAAACGUUCUAAAAUAAGGGUGAUCUUGGGUGAUCACGACCAGUCUACGAUGACCGACGCACCUGCCAAAAUGAGAGCAGUUGCCGAAAUAAUUAGACAUAGGAACUUCGAUACUGAUUCUUACAAUCAUGACAUAGCUCUUCUGAAGUUGAGAAAACCUGUAGAUUUCGGAAAGAACAUCAAAGCUGUUUGUUUACCAAAAACUUCCGAUCCUUCGGGCAAGGUAGGUACGGUAAUUGGUUGGGGAAGAACAACAGAAGGAGGGAUGCUACCAAGUGUGGUGCAAGAAGUACAAGUUCCCAUAUUGACCCUGUCUCAGUGUCGGGCAAUGAAAUAUAGAGCUUCCAGGAUAACCCCUUAUAUGCUUUGCGCGGGUAGAGGAUCCAUGGAUUCUUGUCAAGGGGACAGUGGAGGUCCUUUGGUGAUACAGAAUAAGGACAAAUAUGAAGUUGUUGGAAUUGUCUCAUGGGGCAUAGGUUGCGGUAGACCAGGCUAUCCCGGUGUCUACACAAGGGUUUCAAAGUACCUGAAUUGGCUGAGGCUGAACUUGGAAGAUACCUGUGUUUGUUCGUGAUAAAUUAUUUUUAAAAUUUUGAUUCCUCGAUGUAAACUGUAAGUUAUUUAUUCUUUUAGUUUUUGUUCAGUAAAGUUAAUAAAAUAUCGUUUUUAA